AUGGAUGCUUAUACAUCGCUUCUGAAUCUUAAUUUUAUGUCAGCAUGGCGAACUGGGAACAGUUUAGUAGAUAUGAUUAUUGCUAUUAUUAUUCCCAUAGUGUCUAAUUGGGUGGCGAGAUUUUUCUCCGUAACUUGGCCAGAGUUUCUCAAGAAAUUAAUGGAAUCUCUUCUACCGAAAUCAGAAGAAGUGAAAAUACAACACGGCUUGCGGGAUCGUUAUCAUCGUGCUGUGGACUUAACAGAAGGUUCUGUUCUCCAGGAGGCGAUUGAACGAUAUGUAAAUCAAAAUGUGAAACCCUUUUACUCUACUGGAGAGUUUGUUUAUAGUUUGGCUUCACAGAGAAGUGAAGGUGCGGCGAAGAAUUUGGCCCAAAUACUCCAACAAGAGUUUGUACUCAUCAGUCGUCCCUCUAAAGAGAAGGUGGAACUUGGAAAUGGUGUGGUACUACAAAUAAGAGAACUAGAUGAUGAGGAAAGUGAAGAAUCUGAUGACAAGCAGAAAAAUAGUAAUACGAAAGGAAGAGGUCGUGCUAAUAAAGGGAAAAGAUCACGUGCAAAUAAUAUCAUGCGGGAAAUUGUAAUGACAGAAACAGAAGGAAAUCGUGAUAAAAGUGAUCGGGCAUUUUCAUUUGUACAAACGGCUUUUGAUUGGUAUGUGAAGAGUGUAGAUAGUGCGACAAAUACUCAACGAUACUUGUAUCAACCAGUUCGAAAGGUAGAAGAUGCAGAUGGAGGUUCUGGAGAUUUUUUAAUGAAAGUUGCCAGAUAUCCAUUAUGUGAUACGAAAUCUUUUAAUUCUCUUUUCUUUCCAGAAAAAAAAAAAUUAAUAACUUUAAUUGAUCAAUUUGAAAAUAAAAUUGGUAAGUUUGCUGUACCGGGAUUUCCUCAUAAACUUACACUUCUUCUUUAUGGACCACCAGGGACAGGAAAAACAAGUCUGGUGAAAGCUAUAGCGCGGUAUACAGGUCGUCAUAUUAUUUCUAUUCCACUCAGUCAAGUACAAACAAAUCGUGAACUUAUUGCUUGUAUGCAUGAUCAAGUAUUUGAAUUGGAAGGUAGCAAUCAAUCUUGCAAGGUAACACUUCGUGCAGAUAAAGUUAUUUAUUUGUUAGAAGAUGCAGAUGCUACAGCAGAUGCCACUUUAGCAACGAAAGAGACAAACGGAACAUCUAAAGCUCGUCGGGGUAAAAAUGGAUCUCCCUUUAUUAGGGAUGUUCUUAGCACGAAAGGUCUGUUGGAGGCUUUUGGAGGAAUUCUUGAUGCCCCUAAGCGAAUUAUUGUAAUGACGACUAAUCAUAUUGAACGAUUAGAUGGGGCAUUGACUCGACCAGGAUUUAUCACGAUGCGAUUACAUAUGGGGAAAUUUACAGAGGAAUACGCUGCAGAAAUGGUGAGACAUUACUACGGUUCAGAGAAUUUAACAGAAGUACGACUUGCGGCUUUAAAAGAAGUAUUGCAGAAGGCAAAAGAGAAGGGUCUUCAGUUUAGCCCUUCAGAGAUGGAACAGUUAUGUGCUGAAUAUGAUGAUAUUGAUGAAUUUAUUAAUAUAUUAAAAAAUGGAAGUAGACAAGAUAUUUUUUGA